AUGAUUAUUGAAAGUGGAGAAGAAGAUGUUGAUUUUUUCCAAGAGUUGGAGGAAGAUUUACAAAGUGAUAAUGAUGAUGAUAAUAGAGAAAUAGAAAGUAAAGAGAAAGGGUACCAAGACAUAAUAGAGAAUCUACAAGAUAGUGAAAAAAAUUCGGAAUCAAUAAAAAAUAAUACCACUGAAAACUGUACUUCAAAUGUAAAGGUUGACUUAGCUUGGUUAUCAACCUUCGUUGAAAAUUAUAACCGUCAACUUCCGAGUAAUUUCUUAACUUGUGACCCAGGAAUUUUGUCUCCAAUACUACCGUACAUUGAUGCUAUAUCGCACAUACUUAUACAAGGGAACUCAAUAGCGGAUGAACAAUUAUUAUAUUCGUUGAAUGAGUUAUCCUUUAAUAUAAAUGAAGAUAUAAAAUUGUUACAUUCAUACGUUAAAGCAAAUUAUCAAAAACGAUUCCCAGAAUUAGAAUCAUUAAUAACUAACCCAAUCCAAUUUAUAGAUGUCAUUAGACUCCUAGAAAGCCUUAAUAAUCCUAACAAAAAUGAAGAAUCUCAGCUCGAAAUUCGAUUGGAAAAAGAAACAACUUUACAAAAAGAACAAAUAUUGGUUAUCAUAAUGUCUGUUAAGACUUCUUUCAACAAAGAAUAUCAAUUUUCCAAUACUCUCCGAAAUAAUUUAAUUAAGGCUAGUAACCUUAUUUCCCAGCUAUGGCAAUUUAAAGAAGAAAUUAAUUCUUUUGUCACAAAAAAAAUAUCAGAUAUAGCCCCCAAUCUCUGUGCAUUAAUUGGACCAUACAUCACAUCUUUACUAGUAGCAUAUUCUGGUGGUCUUGCGAAUCUUUGUUCCGUACCAAGUUGCAAUUUAGCAUCUAUUGGUAAAAAUAAACAUUUAUCUCACGAAUUACAUUCAAAUUUAAGUGGAGUUAGACAGAACGGAUAUCUCUAUAAUUCUGAAUUAAUACAAUCGCAACCAGCAAAUCUACACAAACAAUUAUUACGAAUAUUAUGCGCCAAAGUUGCUCUUGCUAGCCGAGUGGAUGCAGGACAAUCUGGUAACAAUAAGAAAACAGAUGAAUUAGGUAAUACAUGGAAAUUAGAAAUACUUGAAAAGAUUAACAAAUUAAACGAAUCACCUUCAAUAACAAAUGUUAAGCCAUUGCCUAUUCCUGAAGAUAAGCCUAAGAAAAAACGAUCAGGUAGGAAAUUCCGUAAAUAUAAGGAACAAUUCAAGGUAUCUCAAUUUCGUCAAUUACAAAAUAGAAUGGAAUUUGGUAAAAGAGAAGCAACGGUUCUAGAUGGAACUGGAGAAGAGGUGGGGCUAGGUAUGACAAAUUCUUCUCUGAGAUAUUUAACGGGGUCAAUGGGCAAUUCGUCAAGUACUGUGAAUAAUAAAGCUAAAAUGAGCAAGAAUAUGAAGCGCCAUAUUCAAGAACUGGACAAGAAGACAGACAUAUAUAUGACCAGUCUUAAAGAGGAACUAUCUGCCGCUGUUGGGCCUCCUCAUAGGAUUGCCCAACUACAGCAGAAAAACGAAUAA